UUGUUAUCCUUCGCUGAUGGACUGUUUGCUGCUUGGUCGUCUUUAUUCUCAUCGACUUCUUAUCUUUCAUCGUACAUUUUAACUGAGGGUGAAGAAGGAAGAGAUUUCUCAAGUGUCUAAAGCUGAAGAUCCUUCGAAUAACAGUCGAAAAUGAGCGUGAUAAUCAGACUACAGAACUUGGCAUGGUCCGCCAACGCUCUGGACAUUCGCCAAUUUUUCAGAGGCUUGAGCAUACCGGAAGGAGGAGUGCACAUUGUCGGCGGCGAGCUUGGAGACGCGUUUAUCGCUUUCAGCACCGACGAGGACGCCCGGCAAGCGAUGAUGCACGAUGGCGGCAAGAUCAAGGAGAUGAAGAUCAAGUUGCUGUUGAGCUCACGCACGGAGAUGCAAAAAGUGAUCGAGGCAGCGAGGCAGCAGACUCUGAGCCUGCAAUCGUUCAUGCAGACAGCGCCAGUUGCUGUACAGGCAGUCGUUCCAAAGCCAGGAUCGCCGAGCGAUCGUCGAGAGAAGGAAAAGGACAACGACAGUGAAUCCAGCAAGGAUCGGAAAGACAGGCGGGAUAGAUCGCGAUCCAGGGAUAGAUCUCGAUCCCGUGAUCGCGACAGGGAUCGAGACAGGCGUGACAGAGACAGAGGUCGAGAUCGUAGGCGUCGAGACAGAAGUAGAUCACGAGAUAGAGAACGAGACAGGAGGGACAGACGUCGUCGACGCGAUCGAUCCAGGUCUAGAGACCGUACUCGAUCCAGAGACAGAGAUACUAAACGUAAUUCCACUGGAGAACGUCGAAAAGAAUCCAAUGACGACGAUAAUAACGACGUUGUCUGUGUUGGACAGUUUCAUAAAGACAAACCUGUAGCAGGUGCGAAGAAACCAUUGGAAAAUGGGAUCUGGGAGGUUCCCCCGCAAACACAAAUGCAGGCCGCCGCAAUGUUGGCACCUGGUAUUUUGGGCGCUGGUGUAGCUGCACUGUCACAAGAUGGCGAGUCACGGUCUAUGACGUUUAGCAGUUCUGUUAUUGGCCAGCAAUCGAUGCUACAGCAAAAUCAGUUUCCUAUCAAUGGGAUCAAUGGUGUUGGUGGACUGAUGCAGUCGCAUAUUCAGACACUUGGACACACUGUAGGCAUCAGUUCUUUGUCUCAGAACGUGGGAACUCCUAGUCUGCCUAGUUUGACCACAGGAGUGAGUACACUGAAUAGACCUAAGGAACCUUGGAAUCAGAGUGAGCAGGGUAGGAUGGACCAGGUUAGGUUCCCUGGUAGAUCUGGUCAGUUUGCAGCAGAGAUGUAUGGCUCGAAUGGUUCUAUAAAUUAUAGGCCUGGUAUCAGACCAAAUAAUCCUUUCCUGAGUAAAGUGCAAGAAUUGGAAGGUCGCCGAAACCCACACGCCUUCCAGGCGAACAAUUCUCAGUUCAACUUUGAGAACGACAGACAAGGGAAUCGUAGUUCAACAAAUAAUUCCUCUAGAUUCUCUGGAGAGGGCAAAAGCAAUGAUGGAGGUAGUGGUCAUUGCGUAGAAGUUCGUAACAUGCCACUAAGUACUACUUAUAAUGAUGUUCGUAACGCGUUUCAGGGUAUAUAUAUAAGGAAAGACGGAUUGAAACUGAUCAAUGAUAAUCAUGGAAACAGAGUUGGUAUUGCUUAUGUUAAAUUCAGUAAGGCUGAAGGUAAAGAACUCGCUCUAAGUACACCGAGAUACGUCAGAAGAUCGGAGGUAGAAGUUCUGCAUCUUGAUGAAAGUCUAUUCGACAAAGCAGUGGACUCUUACUCUCCUGAGAAAGAGAGAGACCGUGGAGAAGAUGGAAUCGACGAUGUCAGAUCCUCCACAUGUAUUCUACUGACAGAUCUACCGUCUUUCACCAAAGAAAUGGACAUCGCGAAGCUCUUCCACGACUGGAAGAUCAAUGACCUGUUCAUCACCAGUACCAAGGAAUCGGGAAACGUUCUAUGCAUGGCCUACGUGCAAUUCGCCAGAAUAGAAGAUGCAAAGGCAUCCGUUAAUGCAUCCUUAAAAAUAGGCAAUAAACCUGUGACAGCCACAGCGAUUACCGAAGAAAAGUUUGCUCAAUCAAAGAGAGACCAUGAACAAAAUAGCAUGAACCAAACAGCCACCUCAGACUGCGUCAUAAUGCGGGGUCUUCCCUUUCAAACAAUCGACCGUGAUAUCCUAGAUUUCUUUUCAGACAUAGGAAUAGUACCCCAUAGAAUACACAUGUUGCUCAAUCAAAAUGGCAAACCCGCUGGCGAAUGUUUCUGCGAGUUCGACACAGCGGAAGAAGCUCUUAGAGCCACAGCAAAGAAUGGUUUACCCUUUGGGAAGAAUGUGCCCACCAUAGAACUGGUUCCAAGAGCAAAGAUGUUAGAAACAUUGGGAAUGGUUGAUCCACAGAUCAUGGAGACACAACAGCAACACUUUCCACCACUUCAAGAAGCCCGACCAAGAUUCUCAGGACCUAUGAAUCACCUACCCCGUUUUGGGAAUUCUGGAUUUGGUCCAAGAUGUCCUCCAGGUUUAAUGGGAAUACCCAGACACAUGUUAGGUCGACAUCCAGGCUCCAUGGAUUAUGUAGAAGGCUUUGGUAAACCUGGUUGUGUUUUAUCCUUGGAGAACGUUCCCUUCAAGGCUGAUAUUAAUGAAAUUAUAGAAUUCUUUGGCGACUUCGAUGUAAAGAGAGAAAAUGUGAUAAGGCGGUACAAUGAGAGGGGUAUGCCCACUGGUGACGCUAGAGUAGCAUUCGCGUCACCCAGUGAAGCGCAGCGAGCCUUGAGAGAGUUGAAACAUUGCAAAAUGAGGGACCGUACGAUAUACAUGAAACUCGCGUGAAUACCAACACAGGAAACUGUCAGGUUACAAUUUACA